AUGGCAAUGCCUUCUGAAGUGUGGGAUGAAAUUUCCCAGGACAUCCCCUCGGCCACGGAUCCUUUCAUUCAACACUAUCUGAGCGGCCGUGCAAACCUUAUCACCCAAGAGAAAAUUACCCGCUCAGACGCGUCGUUCAGAAAGUCUCUCUCGCCGAUCGCCAGGAGAGCAUGCGAAAUAGUUGAUCGCAUCCGUAGCCAUGAGUCAAAGACGGUUUGGACGCCAGAUGUUGAGGAACGCAUAGCCCAGACCACCGGACAGUCCAUAUUUCCUGGUAUGAUGUUUAUGAUGGCCAAGGACCGAAUGGAAAGCACAAAGCUUUGGAAGAUUGUGCGUCGCAUGCCCAAGGGCUGCCUGUUGCAUUCUCAUAUGGAUGCCAUGGUAGAUUUCGGCUUUUUGCUCGACCUUCUCCUCAAAUCGCCUGGUAUGCACAUCUCCAGUGACCGUCCUCUCGCUAACAAGGACGCCUUGGAAAAUGCGGCGCUGAGCUUUCGGUACAAAGCAAAGCAAAAAGCCGAUGGAUCAAUCUGGGACGAUUCUUACGAACCAGAAUCCUUUCUUCUUCUCACAAAAGUCGCCAGCGAGUUUCCUGAUGGGGGUCAACCAGGGUUUCUUCAGUGGCUGAAAAGUCGCUGCACCCUGUCCGUGGUAGACAGUCAAGAGCAGCACCAUGGCAUCGACGCAAUCUGGCACAAGUUUGCCAAAUGCUUCAUGGUUGUCGCCACAAUUAUUCACUAUGAGCCCAUCUUUCGCGCCUUCUUACAAAGACUCAUGAACCAGUUGAACUCGGAUGGCGUCCGGUGGGUAGAGUUGAGAUUUACUUGGCCGUUGAACUACUGCCGUGACCGCAGGGAAGAGCCCGAGAAGGAUUACAGCCACAUGUUCCAGGUUAUUGAGCAAGAAGUCGCAAAGUUCAAAGCCUCGCCCGAGGGCAAAGGUUUCUGGGGCCUGACCCUGAUCUGGACGACUCUGCGUAGUAUCGAUACUCGGCCCAUGGUCGAGAACAUGGACCAUUGCAUCACAACGAAACUGGAGUUUCCCCACCUCAUCGCUGGCUACGACCUGGUUGGGCCAGAAGAUUUCGGAAAGCCUUUGGCAGAUGUUCUUCCGGAACUCUUCUGGUUCCGCAAGCAGUGUGCGCAGGAAGGGGUCAACAUACCCUUCUUUUUCCACGCUGGAGAAACCCUAGGCGACGGAAAUAGCACCGACAACAACUUAUUUGACGCAGUCUUGCUUGGAACCAGACGUAUUGGCCACGCGUACAGCUUGUACAAGCAUCCGCUGUUGAUCGACAUGGUCAAGGAGAAACGAAUACUCGUUGAGUCGUGCCCCAUUUCGAACGAAGUCCUUCGCCUCUGUGGCUCCGUACUGGCUCACCCCUUGCCCGCUUUGCUUUCACGCGGAGUCGCUUGCUGCCUCUGCAACGACGACCCUGCCAUGCUGGGACAGGAUACUGCUGGAAUGUCUCAUGAUUUCUGGCAAGCCCUUCAAGGCUGGGAUAACUUGGGCUUGGCUGGCUUGGGAAGCCUAGCCGAGAAUAGCGUUAGAUGGGCCGCUUUUGAGGAUCAAGAUGCUGCACAAUGGGCUGGAGACAUCCGUCAAGCAAGCUUAGGAAGUGGUGUCAAGGCGCAGCGACUGAAGGAAUGGCAAGUUGAGUGGGAGCAAUUUUGCUUGUGGAUAGUGACGGAGUAUGGAGAUGAGUUCGAUCCCCAAGGAGAGGUCCCUGCCGGGAUUCACGGAGAGGAACGGUCAUGA